GUUCCAUUCGCUCACGUGUACACAAUACAUAUAUACUGCAGCUGAUCGAGUCGAUCGAUCGCAACCAGCGUUAGACAGACAGACAGACAGACAGACAACAUGAGCCGCGAAUUCGAGAGCUAGGCAACUGUCUAAAAAAAGCGCCAUGCUUGACACUGUCAGUCACGCUGCAUCCAUACAUACAUACAUACAUCGAUGGAAGACAAACAGUCAUCCAACGAACGCUGACUGAGUGAAUCGUCUCGCCAGCUGGGGCCAACCCAUGCAGGAUAAAAAAGACGACCACACGUAUGUCACACCUGCAGCCGUUUCACCUGCAAUGGUAACCAGACAGACAGACAGACAGACAACAAGACGGGGAGGGGCAUUCAUGCAGGCAAGUGCCUCUGUGGCUGCCCACCCACCUGUGAGGCGUGCAUCUGCUGCGGACAUAUCGGGCACUUGAACUUGGCCCGGGCCGUGCGGCUGAUGCGGUCCAAACACGCCCUGCGCACACACAGUGAGACAGCACAAACAACACACAUCGCGCACGCAUUGCAUGUUGUGUGUUGGCUCGUCUGCCUUCGGCCCGAACGUACUUGGAGAUGCAGUGUCCGCAGGUGAGUAGCACAGGUGGGUUGGCGCUUGAGGUCUGGGUGCGUGUGACGGGGCAGGUGAAGUGCGAGUGGAAGUGGAAUGGGCGGCCGAGGUCGAGCUCGAUAGGGAUCUGGUGUGAGGUGAGCCACUCCUGCCCCCUGUCGCCCGCCACUCCGUUGCUCAUCAGGUCCUGGAAUUGCAUCAGACGGGGAAGCGCCACCAUACCCGCACACACCGCAACCGACAGAGGGCUGAAACCAGCCAACGAGCCAACCAAACAGAGAAUCGUGUGUGCAUGUGUUCCUUUGUCGCUUCUCAGCCCUCACCUCUGCUGCGGGAGUGCGAUCCGUUCGGUUUCCUCCUCCUCUUCCAUGUCAUCGUUAUUAUCGCCCCGCUCCACCCCGCCAUCCCUCGCCCCCUGCCCCUCCCCGUGGCGACCCGCCUCUGGCCGUGGCGAGAGGUCCUCAUCUACGUUGAGGUCCGACCCCUCCUCGGCCUCGACCAUGUUGUCCUCCCCUCCCUCGACCUCCUCCUCUAUCUCAUCAAUCUCAUCCUCGAGCUCCUCCUCCUCUUGGUUGAUCAUGUCCAGCUCGUCGCCCUCCUCGUGCUGAUCGUCAUCGUCCUGCUGGUUGCCCGUGUCGGGGUCGUCAUCCGGCUCGUCAUCGGGGUCGCCCCCUCCCCCUGGCGCGCCCGGAGCGGUGCCAACCAUCCGUCGCCAGAAGUCGCUGGGCAGAGGGAGGGGCAAGCGAGCCGCCGCAGACCUGACGCGAACGAACAGACAGACGACAGAGCUCUCUCGCAUUGUCUGGUGUUUUGCAUGCAGAUAUGGAUGGGUAUCUACGUCACUUACCCUUCUCGGCUGCCGCCCUGUCUUCUGUCCUCGGGAGCCAUCGGGCUGUCGUCUCCUUGCGCGGCCGUGUCUGGCGGGGGGUUGCCUGUGGCUGGGUGUGGAGGGGGCAGGUCGAGCAUAUCCAAUAGUGGGUCCCGCGCCAGCGGGGGGAUCGGUUGCGCAGAGGGCGGUACACUCAACGGCGGCCCGCGACGAGGCUGACAAAGGAGAAACCAGUCAAUCGGUGAGGAGGUUGCCAUCCAUUCGUCACCCACCCAGUCACCGACCCACCUGAUUGUUGUCAUCGUCGUUGUCACCGGCUGACUGCUCUCGCCCCGCGGCAGCAGCAGCAGCAGCCCCUCCAUCGGCAACAAAUUCCAUGGGCGCCGCACCAGCCUCCUCGCCGCUCCCCUCGCCCUCUCCCUCCUCGGGCAGGGGCACCAGGCGCCCAGACGAAGACGACACGACACGCACACCCACAGGUGCUGCUGCUGCUGCCGCACUUGACGACGAUGCCCUGACGGACGGACACGUGACACAAAGGGGAGGUGCGUUUGUCCGAUGGUGGGGUUUGGUGUUUCCUUACUCGCCGCUCUGUCCCGUCCUUGGCCUCCAGAUGGCGGCAAGAGGCGGUGCCCGCCUGGCCACCUCCAAAUAUGACGGUCUGGGCGGUGGCGACUCCUCCUCAGUGCCGCCCACCCUGCCCCCGCCCAGGCUGGCACUUAUCUCAUAGACGAGUGCCCGCAGCUCCUCAGGGCUGAACUGAGACGUCAGCCCCUCCCGCAAAACCGCACUGGGGAGGGACUCCAGCCAACGCCGACGCCUGCCCUCACGCGACCGGCCGUUGUCCUGGCUCUCCCUCUCCCUCUGCUGUGGCUGAUGCUGCUGCUGAUGCUGCUGCUGCUGCUGCUGGCCGUCCGAUGACGAUGCUGCUGGGCCAGCACCGCCCCCGGCCAGCGCCUCUAGGUCAAUCAGCUCCUCGAGGGCCUCUUCGAGUGCGUCCACCAGCUGGUCGAUCCGCUCGGACGGCUCUGGCGAUGGGGGGCCUUCUUGUCUUUCUCCGGGGUGUGUGGGCGGGCUGGGGGAUGGAGAGGGCGAUGGCCUGUCGGGGAUGUUGUUGUCGCUGUAUGAGGGCGUGGUGGCCGCCUCAAGCGCCUCUAUCACUCGCUGUAGAGAGCGAGAGCGACCCGGAUCUGACAGGCAACACAGUGCGCCGCAUGUAUGAUGCCUCGGGCGCAGGUGUCUUGUGUGUUUACUCUGCAGGCCUUCGCGGAGAAGCCUCGCCAAGUUAGGCCCUCCUGUGGCGCCCGACGACUCCCCCUCUCUCUCCCCGUCGCCCUCCCCACUGCCCCCAAGCAGUCGCCUGAGCAUCAGCAGCAUCCGCAGCCUGUCAUCCACAGACCUCCUGGUUCCAGCAACGAGCAUCGCCAUCGCCCGACCGCCCUCCGUCUCGGUCGCUGCCGGGACGGGCGGGGCGGCGCUGGCCGAUGCAGAUGAGGAUCUGGCGGAAGCGUGUGUGUUGCCGCGCUGGGCGGCUGCCGCACUGCACGACGGUGGGGGGUUGGCCGGUGCUGCCUGAGAUGGCGAGGGGAGGCUGGCAGACGGUUGUGCGGGAGGCACAGCGGCGGGCUGUGUUGACUCCGCAGCUGCGGUGCCACUAGCACCUCCACCCGGACCUCCCUCGGACCUCGAUGCCCCUGCUGCGGCCAUGACAGGCCCUGCAGAGGUCACUCCCAGCACCUCCAUCGUGCUGGCGCCCAUCUGCCCGCCCUCAGUGGAGCUGCGCGAGCCCUCGCCAGCCGGAGAGGCCGUGUCGGUGGCCACUGCCGCGGCCGACGCAGAUUCAGACCCGACACGGCUGGGGGCCGUGGUGGAGCUGAGGGCGCCACGCUGGGAGUCGGAUGAUGACGGCCCUGGCGGUGUGGGCUCCGCUCUCUGGCCAGACGAGCGUCGGUCUUCCCCGCUGCCCUCCAGCUGUCCCUGGCCAGUGGGCCGCCACCCACCGCCAGAUGAGCCCGACUGCUGGAAGGGGCGCAGCAUCGCCAGCACACGGAACGAGUCGAGACCGACGCCAGCGCCUUCUGCCCCCGAUGAGGACGACCGUGAAGCUCCCCCUCCCUCCCCUCUCGUGUCAGUGUCGCCUUGCUGUGGGGCGGCCGGCUCAGCACGAGGGAUCGUGGAGCCCCUGUUUGCGGCGGCAAGAGCGGCAUGCAUCUCGAGAUGGCCUGGCGGCAACGGCAUCCCCACUGGUGGGAGAAUGCGCGAGGAUGCGCUUGAGGGGCCCUGCGACCUGCCGACGGUGUUGGCGGCGCUGCCGAGGAUCGACGAGAUGUCCUGCUGGAUCUGGCCGGAGAUGGGGCCCGUGUUGAGCCCCGCCACCUGCCGCCGCAUGAUGCGCUGCAUCAAGAUGGUCCGGAUCUCGUCUCGCGUGGCUCUGAAGCCCAUCCACCAACAGACAGACAUCAGACACAAUCGUAAUCUGACAGAGCCGAAAUGAAAUGCCCCCCAGCUCUGCCCACGCACCUGUUUCUCAUUCUUGCGGAUGGCGAGCUGUGUGUGAAGGUGGCGCGUGUGCUGGGCGCCCUGUGCGGCGCUCCGCCCCCGCUGUCAUGCACUCCUCUCCCUCCUCUCCACGAGGGCGUCGCGUGCCUCAGCGAGGGCGAGUCGUCAUCCACCGACGGCGGCGGAAUGGGCGGCGGCCCGUGCAGUCCGGCCGCCCACGGCGAGCUGCCCACACGGCUCGACAUGCCGGGCGGGAGGGGGCCUUGGUGGGCCGAUGCCAUUCCCAUUCCAGCACCGAAGCCGAAGCCACCAGCUUCCCUGACUCUGGUGUUGACGGGGCUGGGCCGCUGGCUCGUCCUGCCCGCGGCGGCACGAUGGACGGGGAACGUCGCGCCUGGUGCGCUGGCGCCGCGCCGUCGGUCGUCUGCUGCCCUCCCAGCUCCCUCCGGCCGUCGGUCGUCGAUGGUCAUAAUGGGUGGGGUGGGUGUGUGUGGGGGGGCGAUGGGGAUGAAGCUGCGGGUGUGGAAGACGGGCAGGGGGGGCGGCGGGGCGCCGAAUAUGAGCCGGUGGUGGUUGGAUGAUGUGUUGAUGCGUGGGGGACGACUGUGCGGAGGGCGGCAACCCUCGCCACUCGGCUGAUGGUGGAAUGCUCGUGGCCGACUGAACGAGACGAGAGUGGCGGUGCUGUCUGGUGGCGGACCUCCAAGUAUGCGUGAGGGGUGAGCCGCCGACUCCGUUUGCGCAUUGCGCGUGAUGGCGCUCCGCAGCCACGAUGGGAUGUUGAGCAGAGCCCCUCGACCGCGGCUCUCACCGGUGCGCGCACUGAAUCAAUCAGAGAGAGGGAGGGGAGGCCGGUGCAGUCCAACCAUGAUAUAUGUGUGUGUCCAAUACAAUACAGAUGGUAUGGCACGUACCGUCCCACACUGAAGACGGAGGACGGUCCCCCCAUCCCUUCUGGGCCGUCGUCGCCGCUGCCCCUGCUGCUAUGCCGCGGGCCUCCUCCCCCUCCGCCUCCAGGAGGCCCGCCUGGCCCCCACGGGUACGUACCAUGGCUGCCGUUGGUUCUCGCGUCAUCGCCAUGCCUGCUCCUGGCUGAUGACGGCCGCUCGCGCACGGGCGGUGACUUCCGACGCCCCUCACAAAAGGCUCUGAGGUGACCACCGACACGGACACGGACACAGGCAGGGGCGGAAUGAGGAGCCGCUUCGCUCUGGUCGUUUCCCCUCUCUCUCCCUCUCUCUGUGUGUGUGUGUGUGUGUGUCGCUUACUUGAGGAAGUCUUUUCGUGUGUCGCGCCAUUUGCGGGCGACGUCAGCCUGGCUCAUGGCGUAUGGUGAGUCGGUGUGGUCCCCGAAGGCGAUGGAUGCCAUAAGCUUGGCGAUGUCGGCCUUCAUGUGCGGCCAGAAGGACGGGAAGUGCUGCUGCGCGUAGGCAAGACCGUCCGCAUAGGCGCCCUUGCCCCCAGACAAGAGGCGCAGAAACUGACGCGCACACACACACAGAGGGAGAGGGAAGGUGUACGUCUGUGGUGUGUGGUUGUUGUGAUGGUCACCUCUAGUUCGUGCAGUCUGAAUGUGAGCUGUCUGUAUCUGGCUCCCUCGGCCUUGCUGCGGCCCUCCAGCCACCGAAGCGCAGAGCUGACAUCGCCGCCAUCCAAAGCAGCCGAUAUCUGACACACACAAAACACAACACAACACCACACCACACCACACACGUGUCUCGCUGGGUGGGUGGUGGACGCACGCGGAGAGGCCAGUCGGCCGACGCACCUGAUGUAGCUGCUUGUACGCCUCAAUCAUGGCCUCGGGCACCUCAUGGUGGCCGCCGGUGGCCUCACCGCCACUGGCACUCGCACCCACACCCACACCCACGGCACCGUUUUGCUGCUGUUGGGCGUGUGUGUCACUGGUGUCGGCACUGAGCAUCUCGGCGUCAGGGGCCUCUUGCUGUGGGUGGCUGGGCGGCUGUGUGCGGGGCAUGUUGGGGUAGGGCAGACCCACAGACGCCAGCUCACCUCUGCACGGCACGGUGGCCAAGAAUGAGCACCCGUGUGUGGUGUGCUGUGUGUCAUCCGUGUGUUGCACGCAACGCAUACCUAAAGACAUCGAGCAUGUCGAAUCUGCCGUAGUGCAGGAAAUGCAGUGCGAUCAUUUUGCCGAUCAUGCGCUCGUCGAUGGGGAUGGGCCGCAGCGCCUGGCACACGUCACCCACAUACUGACGACACACACGCGCGCACGGCAGAGAGAGAGAGAGUGCGGGGGUGAGAGAGCGGGAGAGAAUUGUCGCUGGCCAUCGCAUGCACAACAGAGGAUGAGUGUGCUGUGCAGUGCUGUGUGGUGUUGGGCGGCCUGCCUGUUUGUCGAGGGACUUGCCGAACUUGGUGAGGACGCCAUAGAACUCCUUAUUCUCCUGCGCGACCUUGUCAGACACUGCCUGCUCCUGCGUGACGUGAAUGACGACAACGCUCACACGGACCGAAUGCAGUGCGUGUGGGUGCUCAUCCUGACCUUGACAGUGCUGCUCAGUUCCGCCAGAAUGGGGGCCGUUUCGGCCUCCUGCAGACAGACAGACAGACAGACACCGCACCAACAAACACAAAGCCAUCCCUCCCUCUCUCUGUCUGUGCAGGUGUGUAUGUCUCUCUGCGUGCCAAACAAACAUACCGUGGCUGUGUUUGGGAGCUGGGAGAGUUUGUCCUUGGCGCUUUGUAGUGUGCCGAUGAGUUUGUCGAUGUUGGUGUGUAUGCGUUCGUUGAGUGUUCUCUGGCGCUUGGAGACCCUCUCCAGAGCCUGCGGGAGGGUGUCCAUCCCACCGCUCUGACACCCGCCGCAACGAACACGCUUACGACUGCACACACGGUCAUCACACACACACACACAGAGAGAGAGAGAGAGAGAGAAGGCACAUACCAAGAUCAUUUAAAUGGUCAUCGUGCUGUGCUAUGCUUGUGGUGACCUGCUAGACUGCGACAGCUUAGUCAAGUGUGUCGGCCUAUCAGGCAGCCACAGUCUGCCUCACGAGCCAACCAGCGAACGCUCUCGCCAGGCGACAACACAGCCGACGCACUCUAUGCAGAAUGAAUCGCCGGCUCUCGGCCACUUCUUCGGGAGCCGGUUGAGCCUCCUCAGGUCAAGGCGGGUGAAUUGGCGGCUGUAGCACUGCAGGAGGCGUCGAAUGGGCGGCUUCGCCGAUGACCUCUGAUGAUGACUCAGCGGACGAGACAGCGCUUCAAACUCACAAGCGAUGCCACACCGACAUGCUGAUGACCUCGGAGAUGGUAGCGUUGCUCGAAUUUCC